AUGGAAAAUUCGAACAAAGAGCCGGUUUACGAUUGUGGAAUUUGGAGAGGAGUUGUUGAAACUCAACCGGAAUGGCACCGGUAUAGAUCUUUUUUGUUGGAGAGACUCGGAAAAUUUCCAGAUCGCAUCGCACAAAUUGAUGCUGUCACGAAUAGAAAAGACACAUAUCGUGAACUGUCUGAUCGCAUCGUCAGAUGUGCCCUGUGGUUGAAAACUCAGAACCUCAAGCCUGAUGAUGUCAUUGGAAUAUGCACGUACAAUCAUCUGGACACGUUUGUCCCAGUGUUAGCCAUCAUUCUUACCGGAUACAUCAUGAACCCCUGGUGGAAUGCGGUUCUAGACUACGAUUUGGCAAAGUACUUCCUAAAUCUCACUCAACCGAAGAUCAUUUUUGCUGACGAUGUGACGAUAGGAACCAUCAAACAAGCAGUCGAUGAAGUCGGAUCGACCGCGAAGAUCAUUGCCUUCCUUGAAACCCCUGGUUUCGAAUCCCUCGCCCAAAUCCUGAACUCCCAAAGUGCAUCUGAAGUAGCUAAAUUUCAGCCCAAAGAUCUGACAGAUAUGGACGAACCAUUCUGGAUCGCUUACACAUCCGGGACGACAGGGUACCCUAAAGGCGCAGUCCUAAGUUACAAACGAAUUAUUCUCGACAUGAAUCCAAUUCCGGAAGAACCCUCGAUCAAUUUCUGGGCUCCUGCCAUAUGCUGGACGACUGGAGUGUGCAACAUGUUAGCGACUGUAAUCCGCUGCUCUACGGCUGUACUUUGCACUGGUCUAACUGAAGAAAUCAUUGCCCAAAUACUGGAGAAGCACAAGGUCACCAGAAUGCUGACGUCGAACACUGCAAUAGCUGCCAGAAUGUCGAAAAUUGAAUCGAUCAAGAAGUACGAUUUUUCAUCCGUUAAGAUAGUGAUGUUUGGUGGAGUUGGUAUGCUCCCAGAGGUCGAAGAGUUUCUGAUGGAUGUCUUUCCAAACGCCUUAGUAGUGAAUGCAUACGGUUCCACUGAAGCCGGUUUCAUAUGCUGUCGUCGGAAGAAAAUUAGAAAGUUGACGUCAUGCGGACAAGUUGCUCCGCACUGUGAAAUAAAGAUAGUUGAUCCGGAGAGUGGAAAAAUAUUAGGGCCGAAUGAAGAGGGAGAAAUGUACGUCAAGAUUGCAGGGGCGAUGCUGAGAUAUUACAAAGAUGAUCAGAAUACCAAGGCAGCUUUUGAUGAAGAGGGAUGGUUCCGCACGGGGGAUUUAGCAUAUUACGACGAAGACGGCGACAUCUUCAUCGUCGAUCGCCUGAAGGAGCUGAUUAAAUUCAGAAAUAACAUUCACAUUAUACCAGGCGUAAUAGAGGGAGUCAUCCUGAAGCAUCCUGGAGUCUUUGAAGUGGCAGUGGUGGCCAAGCCCCAUCCGACUGAUGCCGAGCAUCCAAUAGCUUUUGUGUCGAAGCAUCCGAAAGCAACUAUCACUGAACAUGAAAUAACUGAGCUAGUUGCUCAGAAUCUACCAGACCAUAUGGCCUUGAGGGGAGGUGUCGUCUUCCUAGAUGAGAUGCCGCAUACAGAUGCGGGAAAAAUUGCGAAGAAGGAACUGCGACGUAUGGCUAGAUCUGGCGCCUCCGGGCAAUAGCCCAAUAUCAAAAAAUGUUAUGACUAUUCGUUUUAUUUACAUGAGAAUAAAUUCGAUAAGCCCUUGUGACAAUUAUCAUGCGUAUCAUCGUUGGAAAUACGAAUGCGGAUGGAAGAGAGAGAGGGGUAUUACGACGAAGGGUUGGUGUACCCUCUGAUUAAAAAUUCUCGCGUGGUUAAGCCUCUGAUAAUGAUCUUUCUCCAACCCCUCACCAACCUGUAGGGGUUUAAUACAGUAUGGAGUAAAAGCGAUUGUACUUACGCAGUCAGCGUGCACCACCAUGGGAUGGAUAAAAGAGGAAAUAGCUCGAGGUCAUCGCGCUUGGGAAUUAACGAUUCUGUGUUGAUACCAGGGAUUGAAUUUAUUCUAUUUGAUACUUUGAAAACACGAUAACUAUUCAAUAAAAGUUGUAUGACUCAA